CAGCACCYAAACACGGAAACAGCUCAGACGGCUGCCAAAGUUGAAGUGAAAGCUUUCCAUUUCGACAAAAAGCAUGCGAAAUAAAUAUUAUUCUGGCUUUAAAGUGUGAACAACAUAGAAACGUUACGUCAUAUAUUGUUUGCCAUAAAUGGGUUUUCCGUGGGUUCGCGUGAUAGUGCCGCUUUGUUUUGCGGUUUUAUCUGUAGCUAUUGCUAUCAACAGACAACUUCCGGCGAUGCCGCCCCCUCUGCCCACGGCGGUCUGCGUCCUGGCGUUAUCCGGGAUGGCGCUGAUUUGGAGAGACAUAAACUCAAGAGUGAAGGGUAAAAAUCGGUCGGUGAGCAGUCUGUUGAGUCAGUAUGCAGCCGUGAAGGUUGUGGGCUGGUUGGGAAGGCGGCAGAGGAGGAAACUUGAAGCGGACACGCUGAAGGUGAAGCAAGUUCAGCAGGAGACUUUGCUGAAGCGGCUGCGUAAAAACGCAGGGACGUGUUAUGGAAGAGAGUACGACUUCAGCUCUAUUCAAGAUGCUGCUGAUUUUCGAGCUCGUCACCCCCUCUCCUCAUACGGGCACUACGCAGAGCUCAUCAGGCGGGUCGCAACCGGAGAAGAGAAGGUAAUUAUCGCGGAGAAGCCGCUGAUUCUGGCUAUGACUUCUGGGACGUCGGGACCCAGCGCCAUGCUGCUCAGCACCAAGGACACCAACGCCGAGUUCUUCACGCAGGGGGUGACCGUUUGUUUAGACGCCAUGCGACAGGCUUUCCCUGAGAUGGACGGCCUCCAGCGCACCGUCAAGUUCUUCUACAAUCCCACGUUUCGCCGAUCCGAGGCRGGRAUCCCCAUCRGACCRAACUCUUCCACGCCAGCCUCGUCCCGCCRUACGCUCGACCUCUACACGACUCCAGCUCUGGCCUUUGAGGUUCCCAGUGAGAAGKACACCUUGUACCUGCACCUCCUGUUUGCGCUCAAAGAUCCGAGCGUGGGAACUCUGGAGUCCAACUUUGCUUCUACAGUUUUCUACGCUUUCACAGCCCUACAGGAGCGCUGGCAGGAGCUGGUGGAGGACGUUGAGCGAGGAAAAAUCAGCGUGGCCUUGUCUCUCGAGCCCAAGCUGAGGACCAGACUCGAAGCUCUGAUGAAACCGGACCCGGAGAGGGCCGCGCAGCUCCGGGCCCACUUCCAAGAGGGUUUCAGGGGGAUCGCCAAGCRCCUGUGGCCUCAUCUCCACCUGGUGCUGGCGGUGGACUCGGGCUCCAAUCAGAUCUACGGCGAAAUGUUGAGGGAGAAUUACUGCAAAGGAGUGCCUUUCUACUCACCCUUUUAUGCUGCGACWGAAGGUCUGAUAGGAGUGAACCUGUGGCCUCAGGAGCCAAACAGACGGUACCUGCUGUGUCCGCGGUCCAUGUUCUGUGAGUUCCUGCCAGAGAGCRGCCUGGACGAGGAGACGCCACAAACCCUGCUGAUGGAGGAGGUGAAGGAGGGAGAGAGUUAUGAGCUUGUCGUCACGAACGCCGCAGGACUUUUCAGAUAUCGUAUUGGAGACAUCGUGAGAGUUGUCGGGUUCCACAACCGUUGCCCCAUCGUGGAGUUUCAGUACAGACGGGGUCAGAUGCUGAACGUUCGGGGAGAGAAAGUGUCUGAGGCGUUGUUCCUCGGUGCCUUGAAGAAAGCUGUUGCUCAGUGGCCAGGAGCUCAGCUUGUUGACUACUCCUGUGCUGAGAGCGGCAUCUUGGGAGACACAAUCGGCGUCUCAGACCCUCAUUACCAGGUGUUUGUAGAGUUGAAAGSAGUGAGGAAUCUAACAGAGGAGCAGCGAUAUAAGUUGGACAUUUGUCUCCAGCAGGAAUCUGCCGUCUACAAGUCGUUCCGUACAAAAGGCAGCAUUGGGCCGAUGAGGGUGCAGCUGGUGGCAGGAGGCGCUUUCAGGGAGCUUCGUCAUCAGAUGAUGGCCUACACGAGCACCUCGCCCAACACCUUCAAAAUGCACCGUGUGCUGCGCAGGAAAGAGUACGCACACUUCCUGCUGGGAAAAACWAUCUCCUGAAACAAGACGGGACGAAGUCAUGAACUGAUCUUUGAGCAGUGACUGAAUUUUAGAUCUGAAGUAUUUAACAUUGGUGCCUUUGGAAGGUGAUAA